AUGAUGAGCCUGCGUCAACAAAUGAAACUCGCGCCCAGUCGUGUGGCCUGCAAACCGUUUUUGCGGGCGGAGCGCGGGCGGAGCUGUUGUACCAGAAGCGUUGCAUCGUCAACGACGUCCUCUCAUCGCUGUGCCCCAGUACUAGCCAGAGCAGCUGCAACACCUCUUCGACGAGAACUUCAGGCUUUCAUCAGUACGCCUACACCGAAAAUAAAUUCUACCCACAAGAAUCACCCCCGCCAUUUCUCCUCCAUUUUCAAUGACCUCCAACUGGCGCCGCCCGACCCGAUUCUCAAUACGGCGCUGCUGUACCAAAAAGACCCGGACCCGCGGAAGGUAAACCUGGGGAUUGGGGCGUAUCGAACGACCGAGUAGGAAAGAAAAAAGUUUUACCUUUAAAAAACGGGGAGUAGUUCAUACUAGAUUGCACUCUUUAUGCAUGACAACAAUUUUAAUGAAAACGCAUGGAGGUUGUAUGUUGCAUGAAUGUAGAAUUGUGCAGUCUUUGCCAGCGACAUUCAUUUGUGAAUACUUUUGCCCAACGAUCGAAAAAACGAAGUGGUGGUGCGAAAAUACUUAAUAUAUUUUUGAUGUUUUUCAUUAGAAAUAGAAUGCUCACUGGGUUCGGCGACGUCCAAAGGUCCAGCUUUUGCAGCCUUCACGCAAAGUUGCAUCUUUCUAUCUUGGCACUAAAAUAAAGAUAUUUGCAAAAAUGCAUAAUGCCAAGCAGUAUCGCUUUAACAUUUUUCUGCGAGAAACUACGGACGUCGACGAUUACUUUGUCGGUUUCAUCGGCAACUGCAUGACACGUAACGCAUUUCUCCCGGUGCUCGAUUGGCACUUGCCGACCGACAACGCAGUAUAAAUUGCAGGCGACCUCUAGUCCAGAGCGAUCGGGUGAAGAGUUGCAUUAGGGAACUUCGCUGGAAAUCAAUUUGCUCAUGAUUCCGUUUUUAACGUUAACACUUUUUCUUCGCCAUACCAAGGGGAACCCGUUUAUCCUGCCGGUUGUCCGUUCUGCGGAGGAAAAAAUGCUCGCGGAACUGGGUGGGGACGCGAAACUGAACCAAAUCAACAAGGAAUAUCUCCCCGUGGACGGGCUGCAAUCCCUGAAGCCCGCGUAUUCAAUGCAAAAUUAUCGUGCUAAGUACAAAUUGCAUUACAAACUUUCUCAAGAAGAUGAAAAGUGGAAUUUGUAAUGCUGAUCCACGUAAGUGUAGGAAGAACUGUCAUGUAUGGGAGUGUCAGGAUCGAAAUCGUCAAAGUUGAAAUAAUCUGUAAUGCAAAAAAGCGAUACCAGCUGGAGCCCAGAUUGCAAGUGGCGCAUGACAAACUUUACCAGCAUGGAAAUCCAAUUUGUCAUGCUGUUUGCGCAGAGAAGACUGCUUUUGUCAUGCUAUUUUAGCAGCUCUAUCUCACACCCCAAACAGGCUUACAAUCGGCCUCAGUUGCCUGCUCUGCAAGACAGGCACUUUGCGUCUAGCAUUUUACGCCUCACAAACUAUUUCAACUUUGACGAUUUCAAUCCUGACACUCCCAUAUCAUGCAGACCUGCAGUCUAAUAAAACGACUGCGAUACAACUUUUGCAAAGCAUGCCGCGUGCCAGAAGCUGAUUUUCGGCGAGAAAUUUUUCACGGACACUACCGGUGGGAACAAUGGCGAAAAGAUCGCCAGCGUGCAAACGUUGUCGGGAACGGGAUCCCUGCGGGUUUUGGGGGAGUUUCUGAAUCACAAUUUGCAAAUCAACCACCUGUUUUACUCCGAUCCGACCUGGGGCAACCACGUGGCGAUUUUUCAGAAGAGCGGCAUGGCGGUGGAAAAGUACCCGUACUACGACAAAGCGACGAAGUCGUGCGACUUUGACAAGUUUUUGGAUCACUUGGAAACUAAGUCGCCGGAAAAGUCUCUGUACUUGCUGCACCCCUGCGCGCACAACCCGACCGGGGUGGACCCGAGCUUGGAGCAAUGGAAAAAAAUCGUGGAGGUGUGUCUGCGGAGAAAACAUUUAGUGAUUCUGGACAGUGCCUACCAGGGGUACGCCUCAGGGUCGCUGGAGAAGGACCGCCAGGCGAUCGAACUGUUUGCGGCGUCCGGGAUGGAAUUUUUUGUCUGUCAGUCGUUUGCGAAGAACCUGGGGCUGUACGGCGAGCGGAUUGGAAUGCUGCACGCAGUUUGCAACAGUGCGGAGAGAGCGAAGGUGCAGAUUUUGUUCUAAUGUGACUCGGGGACUUCAUCUUGUUGCGUUUACGACCAUAUUGCUUUUCCUUUCCGCGAGUUGAUGCAUCCCUCGUACUCUGCCAAUGCCCCACCCAGCACAGGCAAAAAAUAGCAUGGUAAGAAAGAAGUAAACUUGAUAUGAUUAAGAGUUGCUCAGCAUUCUGCUCUCUAUUUCAUCCAGGUCGUCCUCUCCCAGCUCAAGCUCAUCAUCCGUCCGAUGUAUUCCUCUCCUCCGUUGCACGGGGCGUGGCUGGUUUCGAAAAUCCUCAACAGCGACGCUAUGUACCAGCAGUGGACCAAGGAACUGAAGGAAAUGGCGGACAGAAUUAUGCAAUGCAAAUUUUCCGUACGUGUACAAAAUGCAUGACAAAUCUCGCUAAGUUGGUGUGUCCAACUUGUCAUGCUGAAGAAGAUUAGAGGCAAGUUUUGUCAUGCAGAUUCAGCAUCUGUACGUGUACAGGAAAUUUACUGUCGAUAAGAAUCCUGCUUAUCCGCGAGACGCUGCGAAAGAAGCUCGAGGACAAGAAGACCCCGGGCACCUGGAACCACAUCACGGACCAGUAUCCUGUGUAAAAACGUCCCUACCCCAUAGUUGUCAUGCAAAUCUGCAAGCAGCUUCAAAUGUUUGUCAUGUAGAGCCCCAUUAGGAGCAUUGAUUCUGUAAUGCCUUCUGGUGGUUUGUCAUGCUAGAAUCAGCAUCAGGGGAUCGAUUUGUGAUGCAGCUACAAUAGCUAAACGCGAUGACACAGCCAGCCCAAACUUGUCAUGCGCGACAGCUAAAAGAUGCUGGCUUUGUGUAGCCAAGUCCCCAUCUUGACUAUGGGGUAGGGACGGUUUUGCAUAGGAUGACCAGAUUGGCAUGUUUUCCUUCACGGGAUUGACCGAAAAACAGUGCACGAAAUUGAUCGACGAACACCACAUCUACUUGCUGAAAACGGGUCGGUAUGAACUGCAAAAGUAUCGUAAUCGUACUAAUUGCAGUCACGCAUUACAAAUCUAGUGGGUUAGGUAAAUCCGCAUUACAAAUUCACUUUGUAAUGCAGAGGCAAUUUGUAUUGCGAUUUAUACUAGAAGUACGAUACUUUUGCGUUGCAUAGUCGCAUUUCCCUCGCGGGGUUAAACGAGAACAACUUGGAGUACGUUGCGGACUGCAUGAACAAAGUGGUGUUGGAAGAUAAUUGAGUCAACAUCUGCUGGGGAAGAGUUCAAGCAACGGCAGCUGCUAAGAAGUAAGUACAAGUAGCCUGGUUGUCUUGCACUCUUAGCUCUUGAAGACAUGAGCGAGCUACCUUCUUCUACAUCAGAAGGGGUGGCCGUUGUGUCUUUUGUGUAUUCAAAAACCAAGUGAAAAGUAACUACGGAACCAACGAAGAAAAGGACCUUCUGAGGAAAAUAACCCGUAGAGUUGUCAUUUUUUCCUGCGCUUUAUCAGUAACAAUUCUUACGCAAGAUGAAGUCUACUGAAAAUUAUUGUAGCCGUGUCGCGCUUCGCAUCCUCAUACAUGAAGGUCUCAAAAGAACAAGCAGGCUUCGGCGAAAAGCGCUGCGGGCCGUGCUUCCAAAUGUACGCUCUGCGGAGGCAGGAG